AUGGCGAAAGGGUUUAUUCCAACUGAGUAUAGUAGGUUGUGUAGUGAGCAUUUUCUCCCUAGUGAUUUUAAACCUUAUAAUAAGGAAAAUGGUCGUUUACGUUUGAAUGAUAAUGCAAUACCAUCAGUAUUUAAUUCAACAACUGAAGAAGUUCAUUGCCAGAGUAUAAUAGAAAAUUAUGAAGUUGAAGUAGAAGUUCCUCUUGAUUUGAGUAUGUCUAAGUUAGAUGAAGAACUUCCAGUCACACUUCAGAGAUCUGUAUUGGUCAGUGAUAUUAUAACUACACCUAGAAAAAAAACAACAGUAUUAUUUCCAGAACUUCAAAUUACACCUAAAAGACCAUCAUGUAGAACACCAAAAAGAGGUAGACCCCAAAACAAUUUUUCUUGCAUAAACCAUAUAUAA